AUGGUUGUCCUUAGCCUUAUCAUUCAAACCAUAUUGACCAUAGCCGGAAGAAGAAGAAUGUAUUGGACUAGUAGCAUAGUCAGAUGCUGUAUAUGGAUGGCCUAUCUAUCAGCCGACUGGGUUGCAGUACUCUCUCUCACCUUAAUUUCCAAUACCAAAAGAACCGAUGCAGGUGCAGCAGAGGAUCCUAGCCCAGACUACGUUAUAAAAGCCUUUUGGUCUUCUCUUCUACUUCUUCACCUCGGCGGCCCUGACACCAUGACAGCUUAUUCCUUGGAAGAUAACGAAUUAUGGUUGCGAAACUUUGUUGUUCUCUCCACACGAUUCGUAUUCUCUCUCUACAUCUUCCUCAACGCUUGGUCUGAAGAUUUGCUCAACUAUCUCUCCCUUCCAAUACUUGUGGCUGCCAUCAUCAAGCUUGGACUUAGGAUUUGGGUUAUGAUGAGUGCAAGUAGUGAAUAUUUUAGAAAAUCAUUGUUUCCUGAUCCUGAUCCGGGUCCUGAGUAUGCCAGAUACAUGGAUGAGUAUAGUUUAAAGAGAGAAGAGGGGUUUCAAGUGUCUUCAAGAAGAAUAAUUGACAUGCCUAAAGUAGGCCAUCAUCUUAAUUCUGCUCCAGCAAACUUUACAGUUCCCAAUUCGAAAAGCUUGUUAGACGCAUACACCUUCUUUAACAUGUUCAAGCCGCUUUUCGCUGACCUGAUCUUAAACAUCCACAACAUUGUCAAUAGCCAAUCCUUUUUUCAAAACAGAUCAUGUGAAGAAGUGUUCAGGGUGAUCGAGAUCGAGCUUGGAUUCAUGUACGAUGUGUUCUACACGAAAGUGUUUACGUUCUACUCUAAACUAGGCGUCUUUCUCCAUUUCUUGAGUUUGUCAUGUGUUAUUUCUGUAUUUGUGGCCUUUGUCGUGGCUAACAAGGAAGCUCACUCCACCAUUCAUGUCAUCAUCACCUACAUACUGCUCACUGGUUCCACCAUUCUUCAGAUAUAUACCUUUUUUGUUCUACUCUGUUCUAACUGGACAAUGCUAUGGGUAAGCAAGCGUAAGAAAAUUAUUGCUGAUUUCUUGUACCAGCCUAUUUCCUAUAUUCCAAAUAUGUUGAUACCCAAAAACAAGACAUGGUCCAAUAAAAUUGGACAAUACAACCUCAUAAAAUUUUGCCUUAGAUAUAGGCCUGGCAUAGGCGCUAAAUAUCUGAAACCCUGGAUAAGUUUUUAUGAUGAGUUAGUAUAUGGGUACUAUUUCAAGAGCCGUAGCAUUACUAAGGAGCUGAAAGAGGAGAUCUGUAAGCAGCUUCAAAAGAAAUCUAGAGAUACCUCAGAUAAAUUUAGGGAUUGUAAAGAAUUAUGUGAUCAUAGAGGUGAAACUGCUCUUAAAAAUGAGAAAUGUGAUGAAAAACUUGGCUGGAGUGUUAUGGGAGAAUUUGAUGAAAGCAUUCUUCUUUGGCAUAUUGCAACAAAUUUGUUCUACAACACUGAUGUGGAUGAAGGCUUGAACGAUUGUAAAGAGAUCAGUAAGUACUUAUCAGAGUAUAUGAUGUAUAUUCUGCUCACGCGGCCAUUCAUGCUGCCCAAUGGGAUUGGACAAAUCCGGUUUCAAGACACUUGUGCUGAGGCGGUCAAGUUUUUGGAAGAGAGAAAAUCUAUAGUAAACAAUGAGAAGACGGCUUGUGAUGCAUUACUCAAAGUGAGCACCAAAAUUCUCCCAUCAGAAGUGAAAGGAGAUAGAUGCAAGUCGGUGUUAUUCGACGCAUGCCGCCUUGUCCAUGGCCUAAAAACUCUAGAAACAGAUCGAAAAUGGGAGAAGACAAAGAAGUGGGAAUUGAUAUGCAAUGUUUGGGUGGAGAUACUGUCAUAUGCAGCUAGCCAAUGUCAGAAAAACCAACAUGUUCAGCAGUUAAGGCGAGGUGGCGAGCUACUCACUCAUGUCUGGCUUCUUAUGGCUCAUCUUGGCAUAACCAAACAGUUUCAAGUUACAGAUGGUCAUGCUAGGACUAGGUUGAUUGUGCAGUGA